AAUGUCCAAGGAGCACCAUUGGAAACUGAAGCUUAAUCACUAUCCCGCCAAACAAAUCUCUACAGGGCAGAUGACGUUCGUCCAAGCGAGUAAUUUCAGAAAAGUGUUUUCAAGAUUAUUUUGGCGGAGCGGACCUGGUGUGAUGGUUAGCGCCCGUGACAAUCACGCCAAGGACCUGGGAUCGAAUCCCGCUCCCGAAGGAUGAACCACCCUCGGGCUGAAUUUCCCCGUAGUAAAAAUAAUAAUAAUAUUCCCUUCCCCGACAUUCUCAAAAAAGGUGAGUUCUUCUACCGUAAGGGAAGUCUAGCCGUAGGGCCCGAGAUAAACUAGCCCUGGGCUAGAAAUCUUGUUAAUGAAGAUAUAAACAAAUUAGGCACGCUUAUGAACCGUAACACUUGGACCUAGUCUCCCCUCCCCCUAUAGCAUUACGUAAUUUGUGAAUGGCGCCUUCGGAAAAUACUCAUAGAAUACUAAGCAGCCGAGCAAGCUUUGUUCCAGUUGGGACGCCGGACAGUAAAAGAAGAUGCCGAUGAUCUUCUAAUCGGAACAUCAAUCAAAAGAAGCGGUCAUCGAACCCACCUCUGAUACUAGUGUAGCAUAGCUUUUACACCUCAUUAUGGAUAGCAAUUUCCAGUUCAAUCGAACCAAUUCCGCUUCCACGGAAACGCAAACUGGGACACGUGGAGCUAGCACACCAAUGUCAAGUUUAUACCAUAUGCUUCCAUUUCCAAUUGUGAAUUCAGUCCACACCAACGGAUGGAGCAACCCAGGUUAUCGAUCAAACGGCUGGGCUGGCUCUUGCGAUGGGUCAGUUCCAAGAGCUACGAAACAAAACCGGUUCAGUGUUGGAUUUCAUAGCGUCAAGUAAGAAGCUGUGCUGGGAAAAUGGAAAACUUCCAGAACACCAGUGAAGAUGCGGCGAUUCGGAAACGAUUCUCCGAAAACAUCAUGGAUAUACUGCGGCCACUGUCGGAAACGGAAAUGCCCCGACUGGAGCGACAGGACGACGUUGCCUCCGAGUACAGUACCAUGUCGGAACCGUUUUCCGAUCUGGACGAGUCCUACAUUCUGCUGGAUCAGCGGAAGAAGAAAUCUGAUGGAGAUACUGGGGACGAAAUGUUGCUGAACCAGUUCACUCCGGAGUUUCGGAGGGCUUACGACGAGAUGAUGGUUGCGCGACAGGAGGGUAAGGAGGAAGAGGAAGCGGAGUUUCUGGUGGAUGAAGGAGAACGGGAAUCGGACCCGGAACAGGCAUUGCUGUUGGAGGAUCCAGGAAAUCUUAGUCCACAGUUCAAAGAGUUGAUUGAGGAUUUGCUGAAAAAGUGUGAGCUCACGUAUCACCUGGAGGAGAAGAAGAAAGUGGACGCCCAGAAGAAAAAAGACCGCCGGGUACGCCGAGCCCCCUCAAAUGAAUCCUUCGGCAUCCCGGACACCGACAGCCUGUCCGGUGUGUGGCGCAUGCUGGAUGCCGUUUCGGUGGACAACGGGUUUCCCAUGUCACACAAUUACUACAACCUGUAUGACGACAGCCGGUUCGACUGGCUCACCCGAGACGAAGUGCCGUGGGAUCAAAUCGAAGCGUCGAGGAAAAAGUGCGAACAGUGGCUGCUGAAGAUGAGUCCCACAAAAGCGGACACCAAAUGAGCCGACCACGUGCGGAAUAUUUCAAACAACUUGGAUGCAACUUUCAAUGUACUUUUAUUCGAGAUUGUAUGCGAUAUA